AUGGCACAAUUCACGGUUGAAAAUCAAGAAUUAUUUCUCGGUGAUAAAAGACUCGAAGAUAAUCAAACAGUAGAGAGUUAUAAUAUUGGUUUGCAUGAAAAAAUUAGGCUCGUUAAAAAGUAUGAAGGCUCCAUGCAAGUAUACAUUAAGGAUAAUAGUAAAUCAACAGCUAUUCUCAGCAAACCAUCUAGUACUGUAUUUGAAUUGAAACAAACCUAUGAAUUGAAAUCAAACAUUCCAGUAAAUGAACAGAGGCUUAUACAUAGAGGCAAACAGUUAGUGGAUUAUAAAAAACUGUCGGAUUACGGAAUUACACAUGGGUCAUUUGUUACACUUUUCAUGAGAUUGAAUGGAGGCCUUUGA